GGAAGUAUACGCACUAUUUCAGGAUGGAGAGGGAUGGAUCUCAUCAAAACCACGACGAACGCUUGACAGAGGACGGCGCUCGGGGGGAGCGAGAAGCCAGGAAUUGGUACUAUUCAGCAGAAACCUGGAGACACGAGAAUUCCAACCUCUGGGAUCAGCCGGAGGAGGCGAAGGUCAGGCUUUGGAACGGCGAUCAGCCGAAAUGGCAAAUUGCCAGGCGAGAUCAUGACAACUUGAAUCGAAGCUGGGCAGCCGUCGGUGAGACAUGGCAAAGUGCCUUGAGAGGCUGGCAUCGACUCAAAGACUUUGGUCGAGAAACUAAAUUUGGAUUGGAAGCAUAUUCUCCAGGAAUGGCACUCCUUCCUACAGCCAUGGAACUUCGCUGUACAGACAUGGAAGAAUGCCAAAUUGAGUUCGCAACACAUCUUGAAAGCUUGUAACAAGGAUAUCCAAGACGUGUGUGGAUUGGAAAAGAACCUUAUUGCUUACACUUUCGAAGAUAUAGAGAGGCGUUAUAAGUUGCUCUCCGGCCAACACCUAGAAGCGCUUGUUUCAAAGGGCGAUUGGCAACCAGUCAUUGCGGAGUGGCGGGAAUUCGCAGAGCAAGAAAGGCAGCAGAUUAUUCUCUGGCAAGAACUAACUGAUGGACGGAAGUGUGUCCAGGAAACUGAGGCAAAACUAGACAAGAUUUUUCAAAAUCGAGCCGAAGUGACAACACUUCCAUCUGAGCUGGACGAAGAAGAGCUUUAUGUCUGUCACGCAUUGUUCAGGAGAGGUCACUUUGGUCUGUAACCUAUCUCCUGCAGUUCGAACUGCUGCCUCACGAGCACAGAGGUUAUCAUUCCGUAGCUCCCUUGCUCUCAAUCUCCAUUAGUUAAUUUGUGCUUCCCACUCGGUCAUUUUUUUGGCGCAGCCCCUGAUCGCAGCAAUGGGAAGAAAGAGGCUAGCAGGAGAAUUGGGAAAUUAUAAUUGUCAAUGUCU